AGCAGGUUUUUGCACAGUCUGAUGACAGUUCCCCUUAUCUGUCAGGAGCAGCUACUCUCUUCAACACGCAAUUGACUUAUUUUCACAAACUUCUUGAUUAUUUUCAUAACUUUCUUUUUUCAUGGCUUAUCUUUCAACAUUUCCUCCUUGUACAAAGAUAUUCCAUACAUUUACAAAAACUCUUCGUCUAGACGUUUUUUUUCCCCUGGACAUUUUUGCACAUUUGACAAGCACAGUCGAGAAGCUGAGGUGGAGACUGCUUUGAUCGACUGACAGCUGGUUGGUUUAGAGCUCGGGAGUUUUUGAAGUGGCUCGAUUUUGCACGGCUUGCCGCUCCAAGCAAAGGUUUUGCGGUGUGUCGUCUGCGCUGGGGCCACAGAAAGAGAGUGUGUCAGAGAGGGAGACAGACCCGGCGUCUGAGAGACAGGGAUUCCCCCAUGGAGCCCUAGAGGAGCAGGAGCUCAACAGAUGCUCUGGAGGAUCACUACUCUCACACAGUGCUGAGAAGAGGGGAGACGCACCAUGAUCCGCAAGGAGGCCAAGAGGAAGAGUGUGACGGGGCUGAAGUGCAGGCGUCCGGUGCAGAGGAGGAUGACCUGCCCCAGCCCCCAGGAGAUACGGCAGGCCCUGCAGUCCCCCAUCCCCAACUCCCUGAUCCGCGCCGCCAGCCUGGACGAGCUCAUCCAGCGCUGCCUCCACUGCUUCGAUGCAGAUGGGAAACUGAGCCGAGGGACCAAUUUUGUACAUAUGACGCUGAUGAUGCACAGCUGGGUGGUACCUUCGACGAUCUUCGCCAAUAAACUCCUCUCUCUCUAUAAAGACUGCCCUGUGGACAAGAAAGGACUGAGGCGGGCACAGGUCUACCAUUUCAUCAGGCAGUGGAUCAGUAAGUUCCCGGUGGUGUUUGAAGCCGACCCGCUGUUGAGGGAGCAGAUGGGUGAUCUCUGGGAGCCCCACAGGGCAGCAGGGAAGGCCCCCCCCUGCCCAGUCAUUGACACGUCUUACCUUACCUCUCCAGUGAACACACCCCAGGUGCCAUCUCCCUCUGUGAAAAAGAGAAAGGUCUCCCUGCUUUUUGACCACAUGGAGCCAGACGACAUGGCCAAACUCCUCACUGAGCUGGAGUUCAAGAACUUCUGUAAUGUCUCAUUUCUGGACUAUCGCAGCUAUGUGGUGCAUGGCUCUGUGCGGGACAACCCUGCGCUGGAGCGCUCAGUCAUGCUGUGUAAUGGCGUCUCCCAGUGGGUGCAGCUCAUGAUCCUCAACAGACACACCGCACAGCAGAGGUCCGAGGUCUUCACAAAGUUCAUACACGUGGCUCAGAAGCUGCGGUCUCUUCAGAAUUUCAACACUCUAAUGGCUGUAAUAGGGGGCCUCUGUCACAGCUCCAUCUCGCGCCUUAAAGACACUGCCAGCCUGCUCUCCUCAGAUGUAACCAAGGCUCUGAGUGAAAUGACCGAGCUCCUGUCCUCCAGUAGUAACUAUAGCAACUAUCGCCGUGUAUACAGUGAGUGCACAGGGUUCAAGGUGCCCAUCUUGGGAGUGCACCUGAAGGAUUUGAUUUCACUGAACGAGGCAUUACCAGACUACCUAGAGGACGAUAAGAUCAACCUGGGCAAGCUACAGCAUCUGUACAGCAAUAUCAGUGAGCUACUGGCCAUCCACGAGUGCAAGAUCCCUUUCGUCCCCAACAAAGACCUUCUACCCUUACUAACACUGUCCCUUGACCUGUACUACACUGAGGAUGAGAUAUACGAACUUUCCUAUGCUAAGGAGCCCAAAAACCCCAAGAUUCAGCCCGCGACUCCAGUGAAGCCCCCUGCAGUGGCAGAGUGGGGGUCAGGGGCUCCCCCCAGGCUGGACCCAGACACAAUCUCCAAACACGUCAAACAGAUGGUGGACUCCGUCAUGAAGAAUUACGACUUGGACCUGGAUGGCUAUAUUUCCCGGGAGGACUUCGACAAAAUUGCUGGAAACUUCCCAUUCACCUUCUGCAUGCAUGAUUCUGACAGGAAAGGAGAAAUUAGUCGACAAGAGAUCAUCUCCUAUUUCAUGAGAGGAAUGUCUGUGUGCGCGAAGCUGGGUUACAGCCUCCACAACCUGCACACCUUCCAUGAGACGACCUACAAGAGACCAACCUUCUGUGACGCCUGUGGAGGCUUUCUUUGGGGAGUCAUUAAGCAAGGAUAUCACUGCAAAGACUGUGGAGUGAACUGUCACAAGCAGUGCAAGGACCAGGUGAGCACGGACUGCCAUAAGAAGUUCCAGAUGACAUCAGGAGGCUCCUGUCCAUCCACACCUGGGCCCAACCUUAGAACCAAGGGCAACAGUUGGAGUUCAGAAGACGAGGCAUUUGUUUUCCCACAAGGAAAUGGCUCUGAGGGCAGCAAGGGCCUCCAUGCUCUAGACAGCCCGAUCGACUACGCCCUCUCUCACCAGUCCACUCAGACAGACCCCGGGAUCUGGACCCCUGAAGAAGAGCGGAGAAAAAACCACUUGGGCACACACUCCCCACCGUCCAUGAUAGGAAAGAGCUCUACGUGGCAAGGCCGAUCCCUGGGGUCAUCACUGCCAGAGACCGCACUACGGGAGAGGAUGGCAGAGCUGAGGUUUCAGAGGGACAAAAGCAGGGAACCUGACUGACUUGUCUUGAUUAGCGUCUUAAUGAAAGCAUCAUCACACAUCUCAGUUCCCAUGAGUAACAAUCUCAGCCACCUCUAAGCCUGGGCCAAAUUCACGGAGGCCUCUUCUGUACACUGAAAACAUUUUCAACACUUAAGUCUAAGUCCACUUUUUGUUGCAACUGUGUUUAACUCCCUUUUAAGGGUAUUAUUAACUUUGGUGCCUGAAAAUCACAAGUGACUAUGACAGUUUGGACGAUAUCCAAACUGAAGCGAAUUAAAUAUCCACUUUGAAAUUGAAGUCAAAGACUUGGCCAUGGUCUCUACUCUUCUGCCUUCAUACCAAACCAGCCCCUUGAGCUGCAUGGGCUCAUACAGUAUGAACUGCUGAAGCAUGUCUUACUAAAAGAAGGCUUGUGUGUCAUGCUUGGAGUUUUGAAACGGUACUCUCCAUUUUAAAAACAAAUCAAAAUCAUGAACUUAUCUAACACAAAUAUACAACAAGAAGCACACUAGAGUGCUGACACAGAAUUCAGUUUGAUAAAGCGAUGCUUUAUAUGGGACACUCUGGAUGAUGAACAUCUUUUACACUGUGAUUCAUAACAUCAAGGAAGAUCUCUAAAAAAUAAAAAGCUUAUACUUUGA